CACCUCGAUUAUCACCCACUACAGAAAUAUUUGAUUUCACAUGUUUUAUUACAUAACGUCUCGUAAAGACUGUAUACAUGUGUACUUCCAAUUUAGCAGCUUGAUAGUAAAUACGAACAAUUCUAAUGAUCAUGAAUUCCAGUGGUUUGAGGCUUUUGACGAGACAUUCACAAGAUUUGAAAAUCUUAUUUCAACAAUGCCAAAGAGAGAACCACCGCAUUUGUGCUUCAAAGAUGUUUAUGGGUUUGGAAAAAUUACCACCAGACUCCAAAAUCUCGAGUACAAGUCAUAGGCUGCUGUUGUAUAACAACCUCAUCUACCAGAGUCAUCCUGGUGCAUUCCACUACCUUCCUCCACUACAAAAAGCAUUUGAGAAACUUGUGAGCAUCAUUGAUGACCAGAUGCAAGCCAUAGGUGGUCAAAAGGUGUCUCUCUCAUCUAUUACACCAGCAAAGUUGUGGAAAGCCUCAGAUAGAUGGGAGUCCAGUAGAUCUGAGCUAUUUGUUCUCAAAGAUAGACACAAUGUGGAGUACUGUUUAGGCCCAACACACGAGGAAGCUAUCACAAAAUUAGUUGGCCAACUAAAUCAGUCACCAAAGAUGUUGCCUAUUAAAUUAUAUCAGAUUACCAAAAAGUUCAGAGAUGAGAGACGUCCUGCCAAUGGCCUCCUCAGGGGGAGAGAGUUUGAAAUGAAAGAUCUCUAUACAUUUGACAGAAACAUUAAAGCUGCAGAAGAGACAUAUAGAUCUGUGUGUCAGGCCUACCACAAUAUCUUUAACAUUCUUGGUUUAAAAUAUAUCAAAGUUGCUGCUGAUACUGGAAACAUAGGUGGCUCCAUGUCACAUGAGUUCCAUAUCCCUGCCCCUGUGGGUCAAGACACUCUUCAUGUUUGCCCAAGCUGUAACCUUGGUAUCAAUUCUGAGCUUAAAGGCAAUUGGGAUGAGAUGAAAUGUGAAGAAUGUGAUACUACUCCCGAAACCAAAAGUGGAAUCGAGAUUGGUCAUGCCUUUCUCCUUGGGACAAAAUACUCAUCAGUAUUCAAAGCCAUCUACAAGAACCGCUAUGACACACCAGAACUGACCCAGAUGGGUUGCUAUGGUAUUGGUGUGAGUCGUCUCCUAGCUGCAGCUGUAGAGGUCUUAGCUGUGGAAGAUGAUAUUAGGUGGCCCCUUGCAAUUGCACCCUACAUUGUGUCUAUCAUACCUCAUAAAUCACAGGGAGUGGAAGGAGAAGAAGCCUAUGAUCACUUACAGACUUUGCCUGGUCUUAGGAACCAAGUGGUUCUAGAUGAUAGAUUUGAAAGACAUUCAAUCCCAAAAAUGAUAUUUUUUGCCAAGAGAAUUGGGAUACCAUACAUUGUAGUGUUCCAGAAACAGGGCACUACUUACGAGUUUAUUGAUGUUGGGCUCGAUAAGGUUGAAAUUUUUACUGACAAGACAUCUCUCUACGAUAGGCUAACAAAUAUAGGACAGACUGUGCAAAAGCUGAAACCUCUAUGAUAUGGUGCCUAUUUUAAUAGUUUUUUAUGUUGAAACAGACAAUGCCUCUUGUGAAAUUGCCAGAGACAGGACAAAUUGUGUCAGAAAUCAACCCAUAUGGUGCCUAUAAGUUUACAAUUUAGCUUCGAGUUAUUGAAACUAAAAAGUCAAAAAUAUGUUUUCAGUUUGCUCAAAUAUGGCUCAAUUUACCUCUGUUUCAAUCAGCUGGUUACAAAAACAACCCUACGUCACAUGUAUGUUUACACAUACACUGCUGCGGGGACGUAGAAAGCAUAUUUAUAAAUAUGGAAUGUAGCCACUGCAAAAUCUUGUGUGAAAAAUCAGGGUGCUUUAUGUUUGAAAAUUCUGGAGUGAAUGUUUUUGGUAUGCUGAGUAAUUUUUAACCUCAUUGAUGUGGAUUUUGCCUCAUCUAUUUCAAAUUAUGACACAAUUUUUUAUGUGUAGAGUAUCUUGAAUCUUGAGAGAAAAACCAAUCAUGAUUUACAGUUGUGUAGCAUAUAUCAAUCAAUGCAAUUUUCAUGUGGAUGUUACGUAAUAUAACUUAACUGUAAAGGUACUUAUAUGAGCCUUAACAUAGGAAAACCGGUCUUAUCACAAAAAUUAGAAUUGUGCUCCAGAGCCAAAAAUGUGCCCAAGAUUUAGAGGAAAAUGGGC